CGUGCGGUUAGGGGAAAGUACUAGUAGUAGUGGUGGACAGUGUCUCCUCCACGUUCUGGGGGGACUCCUCCCUGCUGUGCUGCAGCUUCCUGAUGUUCGCUCCGACAUCGGCCUCCCGGAUGGCCAGGAUGCGACCAUAUAAACCGGGACAUUCCUUCAAGGAAUCAAUCUCUCGUUCGAACCAAAUCUCCCAUUUAUUAAUUCUAUUCCUCUGACUCGUCAUUUUCCCUUUUCCCCUAAUUCACCCAUCUCCGCUUGAACCUCUUCUCAACCUAAUCUUCACGAAUUCCCUAUCCUAGUGAUACCCCCCUUCCCAGUAUGACCGACCAAACCAACCAACCCAAGGACCACUGGUCCGCAGAGGCCUACUCAACCUCCGCAUCCUUUGUCCCCAAACUCACCCAAACCCUUCUCCGAUACCUCGACCCCAAACCCACAGACCGAGUUCUGGACGUCGGCUGCGGCGAUGGCAAAUUUACCGAGGCUUUUCUCCCCGCCAUUGACUACGUCCUGGGGAUUGAUUCUUCUCCUGCUAUGAUCGAGUCCGCUAAUAAGGACUAUGCGAGUGCGAAAGCAGAGUUCCGGGUCUUGGAUUGCUGUUACCUGGAACAGGAAUCGGGUGUUGCGGAUGGGUCGUGGGAUAAAGUGAUCUCGAAUGCAGCGUUGCAUUGGAUUCUGAGGAAUGAUGCUACAAGAAUGUCGACCCUGAAGGGUAUUCAUGCCUGUUUGAAGCCAGGUGGUGUUUUUGUUUUUGAGAUGGGCGGUCAUGGGAAUGUAGCCGAGGUGCAGUCGGCGCUGAUUUAUGCGCUGCUGCAGAAUAAAUUCUCGAUUGAAAAGGCUAGGGAGGUGAAUCCGUGGUUCUUCCCUUCUGUUACUUGGAUGACGAAUGCGCUGGAGUCGGUUGGAUUUCGUGUCGAGACCAUGGAGUUGGAGGAUCGACCUACGAAGCUGACUGAUGCGGCUAAUGGGGGUUUGGCUGGGUGGGUUAGGCUCAUGGGUGCGCCUUUUCUGGAGGUCCUGCCGGAGGAGAAGAGGGAGGGCGUGGUGCAGCAGAUUUGUGAUGUGCUUUACACGGCUGUUACCCGGCAUGAGGAUGGUAGUCAGUACUUGGGUUAUAAACGGCUGAGGGGUAUUGCUAGAAGAGUAUGA